CCUGUCUGAGCGAGACUUGGAACCAUCGUAUUCUUGCGCAUCUAUUCUCUUUUUCCAUCUUCUUCUGGUAUUAUCGGGCAACAGUACAGUCGUUACGAGAAGCAUUGAGACCGCGGCAUUUGCAUUUUUCUGUUUUCGCAUUUGCAUUGCGUGGCGAGGCGAGAUUCGACAGAACAAAGAAACGACUUCCACUUCUGCUUCCACCAUUUGGCCAACUUCUCUCGCGACCGCCAUAGAACGCUGAUUGCACACUUGGAUCGGCAUCAUGGCGAUCCCAAUGGCGCCGCGCGAUACAACUGAUGCCUUUCUGGACUCCCUCAAGGAUCCUUUUGCUUCGGCGCUUGCCGGGGAGUCCACUCUCGCUGGUCUCAUUACUUCUAUGGUGCUUGCCGGAGCGCUGGCAUUGCUUUUCU